CAGAAAAAUGCAUUAAUAAAGGUUCCAAAUAAAUCAAAACAAAAUCAACUUAAAUGCGGCUCCUACACUAAUGAUCAGAUAUUCAUGUCUUACUGUCCUCUCUCUUUUCAGCCGUGUCAGUUUGACUUUGCUGUCUUCUGCCCGAACAUCACCGAGGCCAUGGCUUCAUGCAAUGCAGACCAGCAGAACUUCAACGUGUCGGUGGAGAACAUGCUGACCCGCUGCCUGGACAACGAGAGGAGCUGGUGUCUCCACAACAGCCAGGCUUCUAACAAAGGCUCCCAGCUGCUGAUUGAGGACAGUCUCCCGAAGAAGACGACGACGGACACGCUGGUGUUCCCCUGCAUCCUCAGCGCCCUGCAGUGGAUCACUCAGGGUCGGGAUCCGGUUCUGACUGACCCGGCUAACAGAGUCCUGCCGUUGAAACCUAGCAUCAACGCUAAAGCUGCUCCGCUCUGUGAUGCCUCUGAGAUCCACAUCCUCAUCGCUGGCAGCCUCCACCUGGUGGGGGGGGCGCUCAAACACCUGGACGCAGCUAACUACAAGUAAACAGACAUGGGGUAUUAGUGGAUUCAAACUGUUUAAAAAAUGGGAUGUCUCAUUGUUCUUGACAUCUAAAUGAGGUGUGUUUGGUGCUAGCGCUCAAACACCUGGACGCAGCUAACUACAAGUAAAAAGACAUGUUAAUUCAAACAGUUUAAAUAAUGGGAUGUCUCAUUGUUCUUGACAUCUAAAUGAGGUAUGUUAGGCACUAGCUGUUUGGACUGAAUGAGACAAGCUGCACCGAGGCACUGUUAGCUUUCCUACAGUAGCUGAUGCUAGCGCUCAAACACCUGGACGCUGCUAACUACAAGUAAACAGACAUGUGAAUUAGUGAAUUUAAAUAAUGGGAUGUUCUCAUUCUUCUUGAAAUCUAAAUGGGGUAUGUUUGGUGCUAGCUUUGUGUCUUCAGAGGUUUACCUGAAUGAGACGAGCUGCACGAGGCUCUGUUAGCUUGAUGCUAGGAGAUGAUGCUAGGAGGCGGGACCAGGGCAGCUCCACCCAGAUUCGUACAGACGAGCAGGGGGAGAUAACUUUAGUCUUAAUGAAGCCAAACAUGUUUACAUGAUCUGAAAGGUGCAUUCAGGUGCAGCACGACGAGCGGAGCUGACUCAACUGGAACUGUGUGCCCCGGGAUGAACGCUGCGUCGUCUCAUUAUAAAACAGAAACACGACAAAGUGCCUCAUGGAGUUAUGAUUUCUUGUGAUUUAACUAUCAAUUGGAACACUUGACUAUUACGAAGAAAGCCAUUUUGCACGGCUUCUAAUUUUGUUGGAUUUUGGCAAUGUAUUAAACACAUGGCCUACUCGUUUCCUUUUUGUACGUGAGUGUAACUUUGCUAAUGUCCUGAGAUUUGAAGUUGUGUAAUUAACUCUCCUUCCGUGCCAUCUGUCAGACUGUACACUGAAAUUAUAGUAAUAUAUAAAUGGUCCUUCAUUUGCAUUAUCUGACACUACAUACAAGUAUCGUAUGUAAAAUGGUUUGAAAAGAUAUUGAAACUGUAUAAAAAUACAUUUGUAAUCGGGGUCUUCAUGUUGUCAUGUUGAUUAAGUGACGGGCGUAACCGCAAGUGAGUUUACAUUUCAUUUCAGAAUAAAUCAAGAAUACUUGUCACUUGUUGCAAGUGUCUGAAAUACGAGUUAUUAAAAAAUGGCUUUGCAAACGUU